ACAACUGUCAUGACCAAUUGGUUAGAAUUUUAGUGUAAUAAUGCAUGUACAUGUUCUACAUACAUAUCUAUCAGUAUAUAAUGUCAUAAGCCUUUGUUUCCAAUAUAUUUUUAAUUGGCCAAUAUUUGUCUUUUCUUCAACUAGCUACAUACAUUAAACAGUGACCUCUAUCCAGUAUUACUAAUUUAUAUAUACUCAGUAGUUAGUACAAAAAUACACAAAUGGGCAAUAUUUCAACAGUUGACUUUGUAUUAAUCAAAUUCAUAACACAUUUUGUGUUAUAUUAAUGUAUACUAUACUAUUCAUUCUAUUUUCUAUAAAACUGACCUCUAUCUGUCUUUUAGGUUUCAUUUAAUUUCUCAUCACCAAACAAAGUUUUGUCUUAGUACAAUUUCACUUUUUCAUAUGCAUAUAUCUUUAUGAUAUAACUCUAGCUAGCUGUUGCUUUCUACCACUGAAUUUGAAGCUUUGUUUUAGUCAUCUUAUCAACAAGCAUGAAUAUAAAUUUUCAUGGUUUCUUCUUCCUCCUCCUUUCAAUCUUUUUAUUUUCCACCUUAGCUUUUGGAGCCACUCUGUCCAAAGAUGAAGUGGAAGCUCUUAAAGAUAUAGCUAAGACACUUGGGAAGAAAAAUUGGGAUUUCAGUGUAGAUCCAUGUAGUGGAGAAAGGAAUUGGACAUCUGCUGAAGAGAAAGGAAGUGAAAAUGCUGUCACAUGCGAUUGUACCUAUGUCAAUGCUACUGUUUGUCAUGUGACUCACAUAAUUUUGAAACAACAAAAUCUCCCGGGCACUCUCCCACAGGAAUUGGUCAGGCUACCUUAUCUUCAAGAAUUUGAUGUUACCCGCAAUUACCUGAACGGUACAAUUCCUAAAGAAUGGGGCUCCAUGAAUAAUCUUCUUAACAUCUCCCUCCUUGGAAAUCGAUUAACUGGAUCAAUACCAAUAGCAUUAACAAACAUAUCAACUCUCCAAAGUUUGGGAUUGGAGUCCAAUCAAUUUUCUGGACGUCUUCCUCCUGAGCUUGGGAAUCUAAACCAAAUUCAAAGACUGUUAAUUUCUUCCAACAAUUUCACUGGAGAACUACCUGCUACAUUGGCCAAACUCACCACAUUACAAGAUAUUCGAAUUGGAGACAAUCAAUUCUCUGGGAAGAUACCUGAUUUUAUUCAAAACUGGACAAAUCUCACAAAAUUAGUUAUUCAAGGGAGUGGAUUAAGUGGGCCAAUUCCUUCUGGAAUUUCAGUUUUGAAAAAAUUGACUGACUUGAGAAUCAGUGAUUUAAGUGGAUCUGAACAAUCUUUUCCUCAACUUAGUGAUAUGAAAUUGAAAUAUCUGAUUCUAAGGAAUUGCAACAUCAAUGGAACACUGCCUGAGUAUCUUGGGGCAAUGACUAGUCUAAAAAACUUAGAUCUCAGCUUUAACAAGUUGAGUGGACCAAUUCCAAAUGACUAUGAUACUCUAAGAAAAGUGGAUUAUUUUUAUUUAACUGGAAACCUUCUCACUGGACAAGUUCCUUCAUGGGCACAAAAAGCUGAUAGCUUAGAUAUUUCAUACAAUAACUUCACUCUAAGCCAAGGGAGUCAAUGUCAAGAUGGACAUCUGAACUUGUUUUCUACCUCAUCGACCCGGAAUGACUCAGGAAUAGCUUCAUGUUUGACAAGCUUUGAGUGUCCUAAAACUUCAUCAUAUGCUCUUCAUAUAAACUGUGGUGGAGGGUCGGUAACAGUCAAUGGAAGCACAUAUGACGAUGAUAUGGAUACAGCAGGACCAGCUAGCUUCCACCAGAGUGGGGGUAAAACUUGGGCAUUUAGCACCACCGGUAACUUCAUGGAUAUCGACGGCGCUGACUCUUACAUCGUGUCAGAUAAAUCUAUGCUUUCUGCGGCUAAUUCUGAACUAUUCAAGAAUGCACGAGUUUCUCCUACAUCUUUGACUUAUUAUGGAUUUUGCAUGGGAAAUGGAAACUACACAGUAAAUCUACAUUUUUCAGAAAUCAUUUUCACUGAUGAUCAGACAUAUAACAGCCUAGGAAGGCGUAUAUUCGAUAUCUAUAUUCAGGGAGAGUUAGUACAAAAGGACUUCAAUAUUGCAAAUGAAGCCGGAAGAAUUGGCAAGGCAAUCACGAAACCAUUCACUGCUGUUGUGAGUCAUAAUACCUUGGAGAUUCGCUUAUAUUGGGCCGGGAAAGGGACAACUAGUAUACCAUCUAGAGGAGUAUAUGGUCCUCUUAUAUCAGCAAUAACUGUUGAACCAGAUUUUACCCCUCCUUCCGAAAGUGGAAGUAGCAGCAUAUCUGCAGGAGCUGUGGUUGGAAUUGUGGCUGCAGUAGCCAUUGUUAUCAUCCUAUUGUUUGUUAUUCUUCGGCGAAAAGGCUAUUUUGGAAAGAAAAGCUCUUUAGAAAGAGAGGUAAAGGGUUUAGACCUACAAAUGAGUUUAUUUAAUGUAAGACAAAUCAAAGGAGCAACAAAUAACUUUGACAUUGCCAAUAAGAUUGGAGAAGGAGGAUUUGGUCCAGUAUACAAGGGGCGUCUAUCAGAUGGUACAUUGGUAGCAGUCAAGCAACUUUCUGCUAAAUCAAAGCAAGGGAAUCGCGAAUUUUUAAAUGAAAUCGGCAUGAUUUCAGCGUUGAACCACCCUCAUCUUGUUAAACUCUAUGGAUGUUGUGUGGAAGGAGAUCAGUUAAUGUUAAUCUAUGAAUAUUUGGAAAAUAAUAGUCUUGCUCGCGCUUUAUUUGGGGCUGCAGAACACCAAAUAAAAUUGGAUUGGCCAACAAGAUACAAGAUUUGUGUUGGUAUUGCUAGAGGUUUAGCAUAUCUCCAUGAAGAAUCAAGAUUGAAGGUUGUUCAUAGAGACAUCAAGGCAACUAAUGUGUUGCUUGAUAAAGAUCUCAAUCCGAAGAUAUCUGAUUUUGGUUUGGCCAAACUCGAUGAAGAGGAGAACACUCACAUUAGCACUCGAAUUGCCGGGACAUAUGGAUAUAUGGCUCCAGAAUAUGCUAUGCAUGGUUAUUUGACCGACAAAGCAGAUGUCUAUAGUUUUGGAAUCGUCGCCUUGGAAAUCUUACAUGGUAGUAACAAUACCACUCUUCGACAAAAAGGAUCAGAAGCAUUCCAUCUUCUUGAUUGGGCACAUGUCUUGAAAGAGGAAAAUAAUCUAUUAGAGCUAGUUGAUAAAAGAUUGGGAUCAAAUUUCAACAAAGAAGAAGCAAUGGUAAUGAUAAAUGUAGCACUAUUAUGCACUAAUGUAACUUCAGCCCUUAGGCCAGCAAUGUCUUCAGUGGUAAGCAUGUUAGAAGGUAAAAUUGCUAUUAAAGAACUGAUUUUAGAGUCAAGUGAAGUGUUGGAUGAGAAAAAAAUGGAAGCAAUGAGACAAUAUUAUAAAGACCAUAGUAUAUCAAUGGAAGAAGGACCAUGGACUGCUACAUCUUCUUCAGUAGCUACUGAUCUUUAUCCUGUAGAUUCUUCUUACUUGGAGAAAAGAGUUUAGAGAUUGUGGAAAUAAAUUAUCUUUGUUUUUAUCAAUUAUAUCUUGCCAUGAGUUGGUUUGUACAUUUUUUUUUUCUUUCUUUAUCCUUAUAAAUUAAUUGUAAUACAACUAUGAUUUUUUUGCUCUUAGAGUGUAAUAAAUUUUCUAUUCAAAAUUUGGAGUAACUUGUUCUAAUCUUUUGGUGUUCUUGUAACUCCUAACCCCUUGUAUUGGCCUGGUGAAAAGAGUUUGAGAUUUAAAGUGUGCUCCUUGUUAUGCUCCUUGUUAUAAGGUUUCAGGUCAUGAUCUUUUUAGUUUUAUUUUUUAUGUUAAGUCAGUUCAUACAUAGUAAAACUGUGGUUUCAAUUGGAUCUCCAUUAGUAGACGAUAGGAUUGUGUUGAGAUUGAACAACAUAUAAGUAAGAAGUCCAUAAAUUCAAUGUCUUAGGGUUUUGGAUGAAACUGUGGUGUCCAAUGUAUUGAUUUAAUCCA